AUGUGGUUCAACUCUAUAGGGCCGCUUGUGGUAGCCCUUGGCCUUGCCUCAUCGGCGAUAGCCAGAGGGCAUAGUAGGAUCCCGUCCCGUCCCGAUGUCAUACCUGGCCCUUACGACACCGGCAGUGCGAUGCCCCUUUCACCACCGCGAGACAAGGGUCGCUACUGUCACGUAGACCAGGGGCUCGAAGAGAAUCGAGACGACGCACCCAGAAUCUUACAAGCUCUGCAAGAGUGUAAUGAUGGCGGUACGAUUGUGUUCGACAAAUCGUACCUAAUCGGUUCGCCUCUGGAUCUCACUUUUCUUAAGCAUGUCGACCUUGUAAUCACCGGCGAUAUCUCCUUCGACGAUUCAGAUGUGUACUAUUGGCAUAAUAACAGCUUCAAAUAUACGUUCCAAAACCAAAGUGUGUUUUGGAAAAUCGGUGGCGAAGAUGUGAAUAUAUAUGGCGAUCUUACUCUAGAGGAGGGUAAGAGCGUUAUCAACGGUAAGGGCGAGGCUUAUUGGGAAGCGGUACGGAAUGAUUCAGCUUUAUUCAGACCAAUGCUCUUCGCUCUCGAUGGGGUGAAAGGGGCUACCAUGUCAAAUUUACGAAUGCGUAACCCACCAAAUUGGUUUAAUAUCAUUGCGAAUAGUUCUGACGUAAUAAUCAGCAACAUGGACCUUCGUGCAAAAUCAUUUAAAGGGACUAAGAUUUCCAACUCGGACGGCUGGGACACAUAUCGCUCAGAUCGAAUAGUGAUUCAAGACUCGUUCAUUGAUAAUUCUGAUGAUUGUGUUUCUUUCAAGCCAAAUAGCACGAAUGUUGUUAUCCAAAACCUACAGUGUAUUGGCUCGCACGGCAUCAGCAUCGGUUCUAUCGGGCAAUACCCGAACGAAACGGAUAUCGUCGAGAACCUCUACAUCUAUAAUAUAUCCAUGACAAAUGCUAGUGAUUUCGCGCGAAUAAAAGUGUGGCCUGGUAUACAGACUAACUUUCAAACUCACCUUGCUGGCGGUGGAGGAACCGGCUAUGUUCGAAACGUCACCUACGAUCUUCUCUACAGCAACAACAAUGAUAGAGCCAUCACCAUCACCCAAUGUUACGGACAAAGCAACAAGACUCUAUGCAAUGAAUAUCCGGCAAAUUUGACUAUCGAGGAUGUCACCAUGAAGAACAUCUAUGGAACAACUUCCGCAAAGUUGGACCCUGAAGCUGGUACUCUUGUGUGUAGUGCCCCAGAUCGAUGCAGUGGCAUUAGAGUUGAGAAUAUCACAGUUGAAGUCCCCAGUGGGAAAUCCCCUGUUUACGAAUGUAGAAAUAUGGACAAUAGCUUGCUAGAACUUACUUGCAUUGCAGAGUCUGAUGAAGAUAGAGAUACUUCUCAAGGUUAA